AUGCCACCCAUUCUCCAGCGCCUGCAGCAGGCCACCAAGAUGAGCCGCAGGAAAAUCCUGCUGCUGGUGCUAGGGUGCAGCACCGUAACCCUCCUCAUCCACCAGGGGACGCAGCUCAGCUGGUACCCCAAGCUGUUCCCCCUGAGCUGCCCGCCCCUGCGGGACCCGCCAUCGCGUCCCAAGCACAUGACCGUGGCCUUCCUGAAGACGCACAAGACAGCAGGCACGACGGUGCAGAACAUCCUGUUCCGCUUUGCCGAGCGUCACAAUCUGACGGUGGCCCUGCCGCACCCGAGCUGUGAGCACCAGUUCUGCUACCCGCGCAACUUCUCUGCGCACUUCGUGCACCCUGCCACGCGGCCGCCGCACGUGCUGGCCAGCCACCUGCGCUUCGACCGCGCCGAGCUCCAGCGCCUCAUGCCGCCCGGCACCGUCUACGUCACCAUCCUGCGCGAGCCGGCCGCCAUGUUCGAGUCACUCUUCAGCUACUACAACCAGUACUGCCCGGCCUUCCGGCGCGUGCCCAACGCGUCGCUCGAGGCCUUCCUGCGCGCGCCCGAGGCCUACUACCGCGCGGGCGAGCACUUCGCCAUGUUCGCGCACAACACGCUGGCCUACGACCUGGGCGGCGACAAUGAGCGCAGCCCGCGAGACGACGCCGCCUACCUGGCGGGCCUCAUCCGCCAGGUGGAGGAGGUCUUCUCGCUGGUCAUGAUCGCCGAGUACUUCGACGAGUCGCUCGUGCUGCUGCGGCGCCUGCUGGCCUGGGACCUGGACGACGUGCUCUACGCCAAGCUCAACGCGCGCGCCGCCGGCUCGCGCCUGGCCGCCAUCCCCGCAGCGCUGGCGCGGGCCGCGCGCGCCUGGAACGCGCUCGACGCCGGCCUCUACGACCACUUCAACGCCACCUUCUGGCGCCGCGUGGCGCGCGCCGGCCGCGCGUGCGUGGAGCGCGAGGCGCGCGAGCUGCGCGAGGCCCGCCAGCGCCUGCUGCGGCGCUGCUUCGGCGACGAGCCCGUGCUGCGGCCGGCCGCGCAGAUCCGCACCAAGCAGCUGCAGCCGUGGCAGCCCAGCCGCAAGGUGGACAUCAUGGGCUACGACCUGCCCGGCGGCGGCGGCGCCGGCCCCGCCACCGAGGCCUGCCUCAAGCUGGCCAUGCCCGAGGUGCAGUACUCGAACUACCUGCUGCGCAAGCAGAAGCGCCGGGGCGGCACGCGGGCCCGGCCCGAACCCGUUCUGGCCAAUCCCCCGCCUCGGCCCAUCCGAGUGCUGCCCCGCGGCCCCCAGGGUCCCUGA